AUUUUAACUCGUUUUUUUAGUUUUCAUUGUUAGGCUGGGUAGUUUUAGUGAUCAGUCCGUAUUGGGGUCUUUUGUGGCAAUUGAUGGUUUUAUCUUUCAUGAUUGCUGAAAUAUUCGGUAAUUAAUUUAAAUUAAAAUUUUUUUUAAUUUUUAAAACUAAAAUUGUCAUUGUUAUUGUUGUGUGGCAAGUCUUGUCUCAGUUAAUUUAUUGUUAACUUUUGUCCUGUUUUUUAUUUUUAUUGACGCCAGACACUCACAUUAUAGAGCCCAGCAACAAUGUCUGACAUUAGAGAGAAUCAACUUUCCUCAAAACUGACCAACGACAAUGAUGAUGAAGAUGAUAAAUUGUUAGCAUUGGCCAACCAUGUCAGUCCCAGUGAAAAGGAUGAAGACGAUGAUGAUGUUGCACUCAACAGACAUCAUGCCUACUCCAUCAACAACGAUGCUGAUGUUGAUGCUGGCGAUUUUACCAACAAGCAUCCCAACGGAGACUCAACAUUUCAACAACCUCCAAUUUCCAACAACAACAUCAGCAGCAGCAACAACAACAACAGCACACCACAUCCACUAACAAACAGUAGGAGGAGCAGUGCCAUCGCAGAUGCACUGACAAACAGCAUCGGAAAUACUAUUGAUCCCGAGAUACUGGAGACGGACAUCGGCGAUGAGCACUUACAUGUAUACAGAAGUCGAUGGUACAUUCUGUUUGUUUAUUCGUUGGUGGCAUUCUUGCAGGGGGGGUUGGGGAGUGUCUGGUCCGUGAUCACCCCAUCUGUUGAGGAGGCCUUCAGUUGGUCAGAUGAUCAGAUAUCCCUGAUGCAGUUGUGGUUGUACGGGGCUUACGUCGUGGCCAUGGUUCCCUAUGCGAUCUUCCUCGAUAAGCAGGGUCUGAGGUACCCGAUGCUCUUGACGUGUUUCUUCCUCGUGCUGGGAACUGCAACGAGAUGCAUCUUCUCCUCGCCUCCUUAUGUCUUAUGGUCGGCUCACAUUGGUCACUUGUUCAUUGGUUUAUCUGGACCAAUAGCAUUCAUAGGUGGGCCAAUAAUAUCUUCUCUUUGGUUCCCGGCCAAUCAGAGAACGACAGCGACAUCAAUAGCAACGGUCUCUGGUUAUGCCGGUGGGGCUGGCUGCUUCUUGUUUGGUCCAAUGCUUGUGAAUAGUCCAAGUCAAGUCCCAGUUAUACCAGCCAAUAUAACCACGCCCUCAUCGCAACACAACUACACAAGUGUUGAUGUCAUAAGAAGCCAGAUCAUGAUGUGUCGAUAUAUAGAAUGCGCCUUGUGUUUCUUCCUCUUCAUCCUGGUCAUCGUCUACUUCCCCUCCAAACCCCCCAAGUCACCGACCAUCUCAGCUGCCAUCGGGAAACUGGACUUCUUCAAUGGCAUCAAGCACUUGUUUAGUCGCAAGUUAUUGAACUUCUGGUGCAUCUGCCUUUCAUACUGCAUCCCAGUUAGCAUCUACGGAGUGUGGGUGGGUCUGCUGGGGGUCAACAUUAAGGGCCUUAUUGAGGAGAGUGAGAUUGGAUGGCUGGGUUUCUCUGCGAUCAUGUCCGGAUGUGUGACUGGCGUCAUUUUCGGCAGGCUAUCGGACAUAUUUGUGGGGCACAUGAAGUCCUUCACGCUUGUCAUGAUCACCGGAUUCAUCAUCUCCACCUUCUGGUUUAUACUCAUCUCGCAUCAGUACAUGCACUUCAGCACCAUUCAACUCCACGUGGCAGCCGUCCUCCAAGGUCUCUUCAACAAUGGAGCGGUCCCCCUCUAUUACGAACUGGCCAUUGAAUCGACCUACCCCAUCUCCGAGAUAUGCAUCACGACCGUCAUGACUUUCGUUUACAACUUCAUUCCACUCUUCUUCCUCUUCAUUUUCUUCAUUCCAAACGUCGGGACGCUAUGGAUGGAUUGGUUGCUGUUUGGUACUGGAAUCCUUGCUUUUCCGAUCCUGAUCUUCUUCAAGGAACUCUACAAGCGAUCCACCAUCGAUCAGGGAGCUGAACAUUUGAGGAAAAGUUUUCGGAAUGAUGACAUUUCAAUCAAUACGGAUGGUGAUGGUCAUGCUGCGGUUACUGCUGAUGACAAUGACGACAGUCCUCUUUUAAAUGUCUGAUUUUAUGCAAUUAAUCUUAAGGCCAUGUAUUAUAAUUUAUAUUUUAUUUUUUUGAUUUUUUAGAUCGGGAGAUUUUUGUAAUUUAUGCAUGCAUUUUAUUACUUUUGCGAAUAUGAUCUGCGUGAUAUUUUUUGGGCCAUUUUUUUCUUUUUUAAUUUUUGUAAUAAAAGCAAUUUUAUAAAA